GCCUUUCUGGCAGAGCUCCUUCGUCGCUUGGACGAUGCAGAGGGAGCCGUGAAGGACUUGCACGCCAUCCUCGCGGAGCACCUGGAGACCAAAGCGGAGGCUUCGGCCGAGGCCUCUCCGGCUCCGGAGGCCUCGGCCUCUCCGGCUCCGGCUCCGGUGGCUCCGGUGGCUCCGGCGGUGGUUUUGGUUCCGGGUUUGGUCGAGAAGUUUAAGCCUUUCUCAGCCGCGAUGCUCAGUGAGCUCCGAGUGGAGAGCUUGAUGAAAGCCACGGAGCUGGCACAGAGCGCACGGUCUGCAGGUCGGAAGGUCGAGGAUGCAGCCUUGGAGUGCGGGAACUUUGCAGCAGCAAACGCCAAGCUCAGGGAAGAGCUCAAGGACUCGGACGCUGCGGAGGUCUUGCGGAAGGUUCCCCUCUACCUCCUACGCCUCCAAGCAGCCCAGCAGACUUCGGAAGCCUACGUCCAGGCCACCGUGGCCUGUGAGAAGGACAUGAGGCGCCGCGAGGGGUUCAAGCGGGAGGAGGAGAAGCGGUCGGCGCUCUUCCGUUCCUUCGACAAAGACGGGGACGGGCGGCUGCAGGAGGCCGAAGCGCUGCAGCUGGCGAAAGCGCUGCUCUCUCAGACGGAGCCCUCCUCGAAAGUGUCGGAGAAAACUUUGAAAGAAAUCGUCAGAGCUGCUCUGGAAGAGGAUGGCACCGUCCAGAGCCUCUCUUUGCUGUCCAGCUGCGUGGGCUCCUUUCGUGAGAUGCAGCGGGAUGGCCGGCGGCGCUUGGCUCGGGAGGCUCGUGCGAAGCUGUUCGGGAACUUACAGAGCAAGUGGCGCCGGAGGGUUCAGGAACUCGAGGCCUCCGCCGGAAUCGAGCUGGAAGACACCUUGAAGGAGGUGGAAGCUGCAGUGGCGCCGCUGCUCACCGAGACAUCUACGGCAUCUACGGGUAGCAAAGCAGGCCAGAUGCAGACGCGGUCCCAGCACUGCGAGACGUUGAUCCAGAAGGGUCACGAGAAGGCCGAAGAGUUCCAGAAGAAAGUGCAGCAGCUCCCGAUGGCUUUUCGGAAGGACGUGAACUCGAAGCAAGUUCAGGCGUCGGAGCUUGAGGAGCUCAUGGCCCCACACCAGAAGAGGCUCGCAUUGCGCCUGGGGCGCACGGGGCAGCGCCUGGAGAGAGCCAAGCGGCUCACGGAGCUCUUCCGAGCCAAGGUGGCUCGGAAAGAGAACGACGCCAUCGAAGUUGCGAAAGGAAAGCUCUCUGAGGCCCUGAGAGCUUACGCCAAGAGCCAGAGCUUCUCUGCCAAGCAGCUCUUCCAGUCCACGUCCGACUCCGAGGACUCGGAUAUGACCGAAAAAGCUUUUCUGGAGCUUUGCACGAAAGCGGAAGCCGAGACCAAGAACUCCGAGAGCUCCGAGAGUACUCUUGAGCUGGCAUCCAAAGUCUUCCACCGGGCACUCCCCGAAGAUGCAGAGACUAAGACCUUGUCACUUUCUGCCUUCGAGCGCUUGCUCAAAUCCUUCUACAAGGUCAUGCAGCAGACGCCGUUGACUGAGGAAGCCGAAGUGAGUGGUGGCAAUGCCAAAGUCCAGCUGCAAAGCGGGCAGUUCCUGGAAGCACUUGAGUCGGAUCCCAAGGAGGUCGAAGAGGUGGGGGAGCGGCUUCGCGUUCGAGCGCGGGAUGGCUCGGAGGGCUGGGCGACGCUGGCGCACUUGUGUCCGGUGCCUUUGCCCGCCUACGCUCUUCGCCGCCGCUCUCCGCUCCUCGAAGCCAAAGACCUGAAGAGUGAGAGCAAGGAGCCGCUGCUGGAGGGGGAUGUCGUGGAGCUCUUCAAGGAGGAAGAAGAGCUGCUGGAUGAGGAGAAGGAGCCCAAGCUCAAGGUGGUCUUCGGCUCCGUGCAGACCCGUUCUGGCAAAUACGGCUGGAUCGCCCAUUCCGAUCAAGUCCUCCAGCCCAUCUGA